AUGACUAACAAACCAACAGUGGUCCCGCUCCCCCUAGCUCCAACACCACCACCAGCGGCCCCUCAGUACCACCAACCACCAGUGGCUCCGCUCCUCCCAGCUCCAACACCACCACCAUCAGUGGCCCCGAUCGCCCCAGCAGCUCCAACACCACCACCAGUGGCCCCUCAGUACCACCAGCCAUCAGUGGCCCCGCUCCUCCCAGCUCCAACACCACCACCAGUGGCCCCGAUCCCCCCAGCAGCUCCAACACCACCACCAGUGGCCCCGAUCCCCCCAGCAGAUCCAACACCACCACCAUCAGUGGUCCCGAUCCCCCGAGCAGCUCCAACACCACCACCAGAUGAAAGUGUGGAGGGAGGCUGUCCAGUUACCGGUGCAGCACUACAACAUAAAAGGAAAGAAUGCCCACACACAGUGACGGGGAGCGGGGAUUUUUACCCAGUGAAGAGGGUUGCCAAAACCCGAGUUAUCAAGGGUCAAAAAAUGAAGUAUGUGGAGUGGGAGCCAUGCAAAAUCUGUGGAAAGAAGUGGCCUUUGCAGUGGGUGCCGGAUAGUCAAACUUGCUAGGUUUUUGCAGCAAAUUAGCAGCAAUUCAC